AAAAUGCGCAAAAAAAUGAUUUUUUUAUCUCAACCUUUAGUCUUCUUUAAACAUUUCUACCCAAAAUGUCUGUUUUCGGCAAAGAGUUUGAAAAAAUUUGGCCCGUAACAACUUACAAUAGAACGUUAACAAAAUUUGGUGAAAAACUUUUGCGCAAAUAUCAAAAAACUAAAUUUCACAAAAGACUCGUAAAUUUAGAACAAUUUAAACAAAAUUCUCAAAAAUUUCCCAUAAAGUUUCCUCUAGAUAGCUGUCGUGUAGAAUCUCAACCUGUAGAACGUCAUUUGUUUAUAAAAGAACAAAUUGCCUCCGCCUAUCCGGUGAUACAUGAAAAAGUUCUGUAUUUAAUUAUUGAUUUUUUGGAACAUAAAUUGCGAUAUGGUUCUCCUUGCGAGCGUAAACUUUAUAAAAACAUGACGAUCUGCGAAUUCGUACAACGUUUGUUAACUAAAAGAUGUGUCAGUUUUGUCGGAACCGAUGAUGAUUAUCUACUGAUAACAGGAGCUACGGGUUUUGGACGCCAAUAUCUGAAAGUAGGCACUCCAGAAGAAAGAGAGCCUUUAAUAUUGACAAAUGUUUUAAGUUAUGAUGAAAUAAAGAUUUCAGCUCUUCUAACGGUUUCCUCCAAAACCGAAUUCAUUAAUGAUGGUGAUCGCUAUAAUAAAGGUUUACGUGAAGAAGAUUUAAGUAAAAUCGAGCGAGAGGGCUUGAUAAUAGGCAUGAUAGGGGCACGUUUUGAACGCAAAGAAGUAAUGGAAUUUCAAGAUAUUACAAUAACAAGACAACAAAAUACAAGAGAGAAUGGUUAUGGUGAAGCAUUGGAUAAACCUCAACCAAAUUUUAGUUUUUUGGAAUUUUUAAAUCCUUUAAGAAAAGUGAAAACUUUAGAAAAACUGCAAGAUUAUCGCCGACUUUGGAAUAAAUUCUAUGAGGAGGAAGAUCAUUUGUAUGAUAAGGUCAACAAGGAUAAUUUACGUUUUGGUGAUACUCUUAACUGUCUGGUUAUAUUCGACAAUGUUAUGAUGAAAAAACGUUAUGCCAUUUCAUUUGAUUUACUGCUAUUGGAGGCUAAUCAAAGAGCCCGCCCCGAUUGCGCCUAUUUACAUGUGGUGGGUUUUGGUUUGGGUGUUUGGCGUGCAGCGGUCCAGCAGGAACAAAUUUUUAUGGAAUGUUUCUAUGAACGUCUGAAUUAUUUACUACCUUUGCUAAAUAAUAUUGGUGUAGUGCAUUUUUCCUAUUUUAAUCUUAAGCAAUGUGGAGAGUUGAAAGAUAAUGGAUUUAUAGCUUCUCGCGGACAUCCUAGAGGGGGGAUAAAGACUUUUAUAUCGAAAAGGAAUCCGAAUGAGAAAUUGCCUGCGGAAUACGAGGACAUGUUGCUGGUGGUUUCAUAUGCAUGGGAUGGCAAUGCCUUAUCGGGUAAUGAAUUUUGGUUGGGCAAACUAAGCGCCUCUAAUGAUCCUUCCACUGCUUGCAGUACUUUAAUCUCUGAACUUCAUAAUCCCCACAUUAAUUCAGACUUUGUUUGUGGUGAAAAUCUCCAUAUAGCCACUUAUGAUUGUAACAUAAUCCAUAUUUAUGAUUAUGCGAAAAAAAUAUUAAAAUAACAAUAGAGUUGCACUUGUAAAAUAUCGAUUAAUAAUGGUAAAAUAUAUGUCUUUUUUAGUAAAUUAAAACUAAUUUAAUUGAACUAGAACUGCAGAACUAGAGUAGAACAUGUAGCGGGGACUAAAGUGUAGUAUAUUAUGCGGACUUAAAACUGUACUAGAACCAAACUAAUUCGUUUUAGAACUAAACUAGAACUGAACUGUAAUUAAAAAACUAGAGACUAGUAGUUCAAAAAGUAAAAUAGCAUUUAGUCUGGACUUAGGUAUAAUCUAUAGUGCGGACUAUAGUAUAGUCUGCAAUCUGGAAUGAUCUGGACUUGAGUCUAGCCUAGAUUCUAAUCUCUUCCGUUCUAUAGUCUAAGCUUACUCCACAGUCUAGUCUUCUAGGCUAUAGAAUUGAACUAGAACUAUAACUGAACUACAAAUGGACUAGAACUGAAUUAGAACUGAACUAGAACUGAACUAGAACUGAACUAGAACUGAACUAGAACUGACCUAGAACU